AUGGCCGCAGAACACCACAUCGACCUGGGGCAAAUCGAGCACGCUCUGCGACGCGAGAGCGGUGUGAAGGAUGCGGUUGUACUUUUGCAGCCUGGAAAGGGGACUGAGACGCGUCUUCUCUGCUUCGUAACUCUCCGUGAGAGUGACGACCAAUCUGACUCCGAGCUUGAUGGUGAUGAAGCACUGUCUCUGGUCCACUUAUGGGGAGAUUACUUCGACUCAGAGACGUACAGCAACAUGGCCAAUGUCCAGGCUGACCUGACCGGACGAGACUUCAUUGGCUGGGUUUCCGCGUACGAUGGCAGUGUCAUCGAUGGAGCGGAGAUGGACGAGUGGUUGGAUGACACGAUCGCGACUAUACUGGACGGGGGGCAUUCUGGCCAUAUUCUCGAGAUUGGAACAGGUUCUGGGAUGAUUCUCUUCAAUUUGGCUGGAGAACUGCAGACCUACGUCGGGUUGGAGCCUUCCGCACACGCGGUUAGCUUUGUCACCAAAAGGGUAGCGUCUACGGCUGGACUGAAGAACAAGGUCGACAUGAUCAGGGCGACCGCAACAGACUUGGCCCGACUUGACAAACCUGUGUCACCUGGCCUUGUCAUCUUGAACUCUGUUAUCCAGUAUUUUCCGGGCCAGGAUUACUUGUUCAGGAUCAUACAAGAUAUUGUGAAGUUGGACACAGUCGAAACCAUCUUCAUAGGCGACGUCCGAUCCAUGGCACUGCAUAGGGAGUUCCUCGUGGCCAAGGCCCUACGCACCACUGGUCUGAAAGCACGCAAGGACGAAAUCUGGGACAUGGUGACUCAAAUGGAAGAGUCAGAGCCCGAACUGCUCAUUGAUCCUGCCUUCUUCAUAGAAUUGGCAAGCCGCCUCCCCGACCGCAUCGAACAUGUGGAAAUCCUUCCGAAGAAAAUGCGUGCCGACAAUGAGCUCAGUUGCUUUCGUUAUGCCGCUGUCAUAUACGUCAAGGCCACCAUGCAGCAGCCGCUUAAACUCCACAAUAUUGAUCAAGAACAAUGGACAGACUUCACAAAGCAAGGAUUGACUCGCGCUUCACUGUUGGAACUCGUACGGAACCAAAUCCGGUCAUCGCCUGUCCCAAUAUGUAAUAUCCCGAAUCGGAAGUUCAAUCUGGAGCGUCAUAUCGUCGAUCUAUUGAACUCCCAGGAGCCAGACAUCACCGUGGAUACGAAUUGGCUUCAUCUUUGCAUCAAUCAGCUCAAUGUUUGCCUUCACUCUCGGCUAUUGACUUGGUUGAUCUCGCCCGAGAAGUUGGCUGCCAGGUAG